AUGGCAGACUAUGAUUUGACACCGCGUAUGAUACCGUAUCUGGAUAGACACCUUGUAUUUCCGUUGCUAGAGUUUCUACAAUUAAAUGAGAUUUACCCUGCAAAGGACUUGUACAAGGCAAAAUAUGAUCUCUUGGCUAAGACGAAUAUGGUUGAUUUUAUAGCUGAUUUGCACAAGAGAAUCAACGAAACAGAGGAGACACCAGAAGAAUUCACAAGAAAACGUGAAGAAGUUUUACAAACUCUACAAGAAUUCCAAUCAGAAGCUCAGAAGGUCCUUGAUAUAAUUGAAAAUCCCGAAGUACUGGCUAAUCUUCGGCAGGAUAAACUUCAAAAUUUGCAUUAUUUGGAAAAAAAUUUUGGGUUGACCGAGGAAAUGGCCAAUACUUUAUAUCAGCUUGCUCAGUUUCAAUACAAUUGUGGAAACUAUGGCGGCGCAUCAGACAUGUUAUAUCACUUUCGAAUUCUGUCAACAGACAACGAAUUAAAUCUUUCAGCAUUAUGGGGAAAGCUAGCCUCAGAUAUAUUGGACGUAAACUGGGAAGCUGCUCUUGAGGAAUUGCAGAGACUAAGGGAGACGAUUGAUUCAAGGCCCGUUGUCUCCCCCUUACAUCAACUUCAACAACGAACCUGGUUCAUCCAUUGGUCAAUUUUUGUCUUUUUCAACCAUCCGAAAGGCCGCGACGACAUAAUUGAUCUAUUUCUCCAAACUCAGUACAUCAACACUAUCCAAACGUCAUGUCCUUGGAUUCUUCGUUACCUCACCACCGCAGUGGUAACAAAUAAACGCCGCAAGAACAUUCUCAAAGACCUAAUCAAAAUUAUCCAACAAGAAUCAUAUGAAUACAGAGAUCCUAUAACAGAAUUCAUCGAGUCUUUGUAUAUUAAGUUUGAUUUCGAAGGAGCACAGAAAAAAUUGAAAGAAUGUGAAGAAGUAUUGCGAAGCGAUUUCUUCCUAGUCGCUACGAAAAACGAUUUUAUUGAAAAUGCGAGAUAUUUGAUAUCAGAGACCUAUUGUAGAAUACAUUUGAAAAUUGAUAUUAGCGGACUGUCGAAAACGCUCAAUCUCUCGCCCGAAGCAGGCGAGAAGUGGAUUGUGAACUUGAUCCGUGAUACACGUGUUGACGCCAAAAUCGAUUUCAAGGAGAAUACUGUAGUUAUGAACAAAAUUCAUACACCAAUUUGUCAGCAAGUAAUUGAACGAACUAGAGGGCUAUCAUUUCGAUCUCAGGUGCUAGCCUCAACUAUCGAAAAACAUGAAGCACAGAAUGCGGCUGCGCUUGCUGAGGCUGUCAUAGAAUAA